AAAAAAAAAAACUUCUAUACACUUUUUUAAAGGGCUUGCAUUUGGACACUUCCAAAAUAGGCUGACUUGAGACUACAGUAUUAGUUUCUCAAUAAGGACGCAGGGUGGCGCUGCCGGCUAAGACUGUGAAUAAGGAGCCCUAAAAAGCUCCCGUGUUCCUUUGUUGCCAGCCGAAAUCAACACCACACAGAAGAAGCUUUGCCAGUCGUGCUGGGUUACCAACGAGUUUGGGAAGCGAUAUACUAAACGACUUUAAGAUUAAAGGCAAUUUUGUGAAGAUUCUACCAAGCAAGAAGUCAGAAUUUAAUACCUCGGGUCUUUUUGUGGUUGCUGAAGGGACUGGAUGUAAGCACUCUGGCUCCAACAUGGAGACGCUAGAGAGAAUUCAACAAAACAGGCAAGUGAUGACAUUUAUUUUGAUAGUAUUCUUAUCUCAGGCUCACCCUGCGCCUAUUCGUUAUUCUGUGCUGGAAGAAACAGAGAGCGUCUCCUUUAUAGCCCAUUUGACCAAGGACCUGGGCCUGGGAAUUGGGGAGCUGGCCGCCCGGUCGGCCCAGGUGGUGUGUGACGAUGACAAGCAGCGCUUGCUGCUAGAUCGCCAGACUGGAGAUUUGCUUUUGAGGGAGAAACUAGACCGGGAAGAUAUAUGUGGCCCCGUUGAACCCUGUGUGCUGCAUUUCCAAGUGUUCCUGGAAACUCCGGUGCAAUUUUUUGAAGGAGAACUAUUAAUCCAGGACAUAAAUGACCACUCCCCAGUAUUCCCGAAUAGGGAAAUGCUCCUGAAAAUACCGGAAAACAGCCAGCCAGGGACUGUUUUUCCGUUGAAAUUAGCUCAGGAUUUGGAUGUGGGCAGCAAUGGUCUUCAAAAAUACACUAUCAGCCCCAAUUCUCAUUUUCACGUUGUCACUCGAAAUCAUAGUGAGGGCAAUAAAUAUCCAGAUUUGGUGCAGGACAAAGCACUGGAUCGAGAGGAGCAGCCUGAGUUCAGCUUAACCCUCAUGGCGCUGGAUGGCGGGUCUCCACCUAGGUCUGGCACCAGCAUGUUACGAAUCCUGAUCAUGGAUGUCAAUGACAAUGCUCCUGAGUUUGUGCACACUCCAUAUGAGGUGCAGGUUCUGGAAAACAUCCCCCUAGACUCCCCAAUACUUACUGUUUUAGCUAGGGAUGUAGAUGCUGGAAACUUUGGGACUGUUUCCUACGGUUUGUUCCAAGCAUCAGAGGAAAUUAAACAAACUUUCUCAAUAAAUGAAGUCACAGGAGAAAUCCGACUGACAAAGAAAUUGGAUUUUGAACAAAUUAAAUCUUACCACGUGGAAAUUGAGGCUACAGAUGGAGGAGGCCUUUCCGGAAAAGGCACUGUAGCCAUAGAGGUGGCAGAUGUGAAUGACAACGCCCCUGAAAUUACCAUACCUUCACUCACCUGCUCCAUCCCAGAAAAUGCUCCUGAGACUGUAGUCUCCAUCUUCCGAAUUCGAGAUAGAGACUCCGGAGACAAUGGAAGGAUGGUUUGCUCUAUUCCAGGUAAUCUGCCAUUCAUUCUAAAACCGACUUUAAAGAAUUUCUACACCCUGGUAACAGAAAGCCCUCUGGAUAGAGAGAGCAGAGCCGAGUACAACAUCACCAUCACCGUCACAGAUAUGGGGACACCGAGACUGAAAACCCAGCACAACAUAACCGUGCUGGUGUCCGACGUCAACGACAACGCCCCCGCCUUCACCCAGACCUCCUACACCCCUGGCUCUGAAGCAGUUAGGUAUUCCAUGCCAGAAGAAACUGAAAGUGGGUCUUUUGUGGCCACCCUGGCAAAAGACCUGGGGCUCAGGGUGGGGGAACUGGCCACUCGGGGCGCGCGAAUCCAUUACAAAGGAAAUAAACAGCUCUUGCAGCUGGAUGUAACGACCGGGAAUUUGCUUCUAUAUGAAAAACUAGACCGGGAGGUGCUGUGUGGGGCGACAGAUCCCUGCAUACUGCAUUUCCAACUAUUACUGGAAAACCCGGUGCAGUUUUUUCAAGCUGAUCUGCAGCUCACAGAUAUAAAUGACCAUUCCCCAGAGUUCCUCGAGAGGGAAAUGCUCCUAAAAAUCCCAGAAAACGUCCAGACAGGGACUGUGUUUCCUUUGAAAAUAGCUCAGGAUUUUGACAUAGGUAGCAACACUAUUCAGAAUUACACAAUCAGCCCCAACUCCCAUUUUCAUGUUGUCACUCAUAAUCGCGGAGAUGGCAGAAAAUACCCAGAGCUGGUGCUGGACAAACCGCUGGAUCGGGAGGAAGGGCCUGAGCUCAGUUUAACCCUCACGGCGCUGGAUAGUGGGGCUCCGCCCAGGUCCGGGACCACUGCAGUCCGCAUUGAAGUCGUGGACAUCAAUGACAACGCCCCUGAGUUUUUACAGUCGGUCUAUGAGGUACAGAUUCCGGAGAACAGCCCCCUAAACUCCUUAGUUGUCGCUGUCUCCGCCCGAGAUUUAGAUGCAGGGACGAAUGGGAAUGUAGCCUACGCUCUAUUCCAAGGUGAUGAAGCUACUCAACCAUUUGUAAUAGACGAAAUAACAGGAGAAAUUCGUCUGAAAAGGGCAUUGGAUUUCGAGGCAACUCGAUAUUAUAACGUGGAGAUUGCAGCCACAGAUGGCGGGGGCCUUUCAGGAAAAUGCACUGUAGUUAUAAAGGUGGUGGAUGUGAACGACAACGUCCCCGAACUGACCAUGUCGACGCUCACCAGCUCUACCCCAGAAAACUCCCCAGAGACUGUGGUGGCUGUUUUCAGUGUUUCUGAUCCAGAUUCGGGGGACAACGGUAGGAUGGUUUGCUCCAUCCAGAAUGAUCUCCCCUUUCUUUUGAAACCCACAUUCAAAAACUUUUACACCCUAGUGACCGAGAGGCCACUGGACAGAGAGAGCAGAGCGGAAUACAACGUCACCAUCACCGUCACAGAUAUGGGGACACCGAGACUGAAAACCCAGCACAACAUAACCGCCUCGGUGGGUCGCUGCUCGGUGCCCGAGGGCCCCUUUCCGGACCACCUGCUGGACGUCAGCGGCACGGGGACCCUGUCCCAGAGCUACCAGUACGAGGUGUGUCUGACGGGAGGCUCCGGGACCAGGGAGUUCAAGUGUCUGAAACCUCUUGUCCCCAACAUCAUGGGUGAAGGGGUUGGUACGGACACCGAGGAAAACUCGAACUUUAGAAACCAUUUGGGGUUCAGUUAAGAAUCUCACUUGACAAGACGUGAUAAAUGAUCAUAUUCACUAAUGUAUUAAUUUCCAACCCUUUCAUUCACAUAGAGCUUACAUAUUCACUCAUUCGUAAGUUUUGUCAUAUUUAUAGUUUGAAGUAUUUUACAUUCAGAAUCUCUAGGUGUUUUUUAUUGUUGCUGUCUUUUUUUUGUUUUAAGCCCUUCACAUUUUGCAUGUGAGAUGAGACAUUAAAUGGUGAAAUGGUCUCAGUUUUUUGGUGGUCAGAUUUUCGGAAGUCACAAAUGUUUUCAGAUUCCUGAUAUUUGAGCUUGUUCGUUGAUAUCUUGUUAUGACUAACUGAAUUAUGCUUUACGAUUAUCAUAGCAUGUCAGGCUAUUGUAAAUGAUGGCUUUUAGGUUUAAAAAUAAUUUUCACCUAUGCAAAAAAUUUUGUGACCUCGAAUAUCGCUGGAUUUCUGUAGUGUUGUUUUGAAAACACUAUUGUCUUUCCUCAAAUAAACUAAUAUUUUAUCUGGAUGUUUUCUGAGUAUUCUCUUUUACAAAAUUGAUAUUAUUUAGACCGUCUGCCAUAAUUUAAAAGGACUUAAUCCCAGUUAAAUAGAAAAAAUGUUGGUAGAGUUAUGAUUUCUUUUUCAUAAUAAA